AUGCACCUUUCAACACCAGACGGCUCAGGCCCGGCCGCUUCCAAAGAUAGGCGGCCAUUGAAAUUCCUGCUUCACUGCUUCUCCGCAACGGGCCAUGUACUGCCCAUGCAAGCCGUCGCCAAGGAAUUGGUCGAGCGUGGGCAUGAGGUCGUAUGGACAACCAUCGCGCCUCAGGAAACCCGGGUUGUCGCUUCCGGAGCCAAGUUCGUGGCGGCAGAGAAUGUGAUCAAGGUCGAUGGCAAUCUCGACGGAGCCACCCCGAAGGACAUGGCUGAGACGGCAGAAGUCAUGUUCGGCGGCCGGGUGACGGCGCAAGUCGCUGAUAUCCGCAAGGUCCUCUCAACGUUCAAGCCCGAUUAUGUCAUCAACGACGCAUUGCCGCAAGGCGCUGCUGCGUUGUACGAGCUUGGAGAGAUCCCUCAGUACGCUACUCUUGGAGUCGUGCCACUUUACCUCCCGGACAUUGGGCCUGAGCCCAUUGAGCAUGCAGCUCAGUCUGCACUCGGAAUGCUUCUCAGCAAGCCGCAGCUGGUGCUUCCAGUCAUCAACCCUGAGAGGGUGAAGCUCGGUCUGCCUCCUCUGAAACUCACGGAUCCGUUCUCUUACAGUCCGUUUCUGCACAUUCAAGCCUCCUGCCCUUCGCUGGAGUUCCAAAAAGGACCCGAACCCAUCAUUCCUCAAGCAAACUACGUCGGUCCUCUUGUUGCGAAGGGUUCUACUUCCACUGUUCCUGAAUGGUGGGAUGACGUUCUCAAAGCCGACUGCGUUGUGGGCAUCACACAGGGCACAUUCGCCAUGGACCCUACAUCGCUCAUCAUACCCGCCAUCCAAGCUCUUCAAGAGGACAAGAAGCUUCUUCUGGUGGUGCCGUCGAAGCUUGCAGACGAAAUCCGAGCCAAGAUCAAGGUCGAGGACAAUGUCCGCAUCGCCGAAUGGGUUCCAUAUGACCAGCUUCUUCCGCGCUGCAGGCUUUUAGUCACCAACGGCGGCUACGGUAGUGUGACCCAGGCACUUUCUCACGGAGUUCCUCUCAUUUGCGCCGGCACUUCUGAGGAUAAGAAGGACACGUCCGCCAGAGUUUCGUGGGUUGGCGCUGGCAUCGAUCUCAAAACCGACAACCCCUCGGUGGCCCAGGUCAAAGAUGCUGUUUACAGCAUUCUCAAUGAUACAAGCUACACUGAAAAUGCGGUCAAGAUUGGAGAGGAGUUGAAUGCCCAGGGUGGUGCGAAAAAGGCAUGCGAUUUGCUUGAGAAAGCAGCAUCAGCGUUGAAAGCGAACUAG